AUGACUGUUUUGUUUGUGGGGAUUUUUUUUUGCAAUUGGCAGAAAAUUGGGUUCAAUGAGAAGUCUUUCGUGGUGGAUUUGAAGAAAGGAGAGGUUAAAGAAGGAGCAUAUGAAGAUGGGAAGCCGGAUGCAACUUUCUCGUUUACAGACGAUGAUUUCCUAAAGGUCGCAAGUGGGAAGAUGAAUCCUCAAAUUGCUUUCAUGAGGGGCGCGAUGAAGAUAAAGGGCAGUAUCAGUGCAGCGCAGAAAUUUACCCCCGACAUUUUCCCCAAGCCGUCGAAGAUGUGAGCAGUUACGGAAUCCCUGUACUACAAUGUCACCAAUAUCAUUCAGAUCAUUUCUUGUAUCUGGAAGCUCAACUAUAGGGCAUCUCAGAGAUAAACUUCAUCUUCUAUUAUGUAUGGAUCAAAUCAAUGUUGAUAAAUGUCAUUGCUCUAAAACAAUAUAGAACUGGAAAUUCUAAUUUAUUUUUCGUAAA